AUGUCUAUGAAAUGUAAAAGACGAAGAGAGGAAUUAAAUUAUUCUGAUGAAAAAUCACCAGAACCUUGUAAAAAUAUUUCUUACACUUUGAUAAAACAAUUAUUAGAGAAAGAAUUGCACUGUGCUAUAUGCCAUGAAAUUGUAAUCUUCUCUAGUGUACUACACUGUGGUCAUAUAUUUUGUACUUAUUGUAUACAUGUAUGGUUAAAGUAUAAGCCUAAAUGUCCUCUAUGCUCUGAACCGUGUCAUCGACAUGUUUCAUUAAAGACGUUAGAUAAUUUUAUUGAAGAAAUUUAUGAAUUAUUUAUGCCUCAAUGUUUACAAAUUGAACGAUGUAAAGAGAUUGAAUGUCGUCAGCAAAUGUCAGCUGAAGCUGAAAUAGAUAAAAAUUCAUCUAGUGAAUUAGAAAGUGGUGAAAGUGAAAGUCAAUUAUCCGAAAGUGAUUUCGACUCGACUUCAUCGUCAUCAUCAUCAUCAAUGGUGAUGAUGAAUACUUCCACGUCAACAACUUCAGCGGAUACAACCUCAUCAUCUUCGUCUACAACAGAUGUUUCUUAUUCAUCGAUGUAG